GUCCGCCAGUCCACUCGCCAGUCUAGUCUGUCGGUUGCAGUCGUCGAGAUAGGAGCGUAAUUUGUUCAACAUCAGCGGACUCUGUGAUUGCCCCUAAUUUCUGUUCUAAUUGUCGUGUAGUGAUUAAUUGGAUAAAAGUGCCUUCGUAAUAUUUUCAGUGUAGAAGAAACCUAUUGGCAUUGUAAAAAUGUCUAUCCCCCAACUAGAUUCAUGUUGCUGCGGUUGCAGCUUGAAGACAGGCUCAAAGAUCAUUGGUUGGAUAUCCAUGAUAGCCAACAUUGUCUCAGUGAUAACGUUUGGAUUGGCUCUUGCAGGCCUUUACUACAUCCAAGAACAUCCUGAUAAAGUUGCUCCUGAAAAUAAAGCGAUACUUGAUAACUUACCCACAUUGAAAGCUGUUGCCAUUAUGAUGAUAAUUACUCAUAUCAUUGGCUGCAUUUUGUCUUUGAUUCUUCUCAUGGGAGUAUAUCAGCAAAAAGCCAAGCUGGUGCUGACAUGGGUGCUGAUCGCUUUGACUUGUGCUCUCAUUGAACAACUCGUCAACUUAAUUCAGUUGUUCACUGUAUACCAGGCUGCGAAUAUUGGAAACAUAAUUUGGUUUUUGCUUGACCUUUACUUCAUCCUGGUUGUAUACAGUUUUUACCGUGAGAUCCAGAAUGUCGGCAACUAUGCUUAGACAACUCUCUGCCAUAUUUUUAAGGUUACUUAAAGUUUCCACUUACAAAUGAUUUUUAUUGUGUAUCUAAUCUGUGUUACUGUUAAGUUGUUCAGUUAUGGUUAAGAAAAUUAGUUUAUUUUACAUUUAUUAGAGGUAUGAUCUGUUUAUGAAUCUUGCUCUUAAGCCAAAUGCUAUGCUCUAAGUUCUGGUAAGCUUUUUGUGUUUUAGGGAAUUCUUGACAAGUGUGUAUGUUUCUGUUAGUUUCCUUAUUUUAAUAUUACCUCACCACAAGUAUAACAUAUGUUAUAGUAAAUUAGAAAUAGUAAAAUAAAAAACCAAAGUUAUACUAGCAGAGAUAUAAGAUAAACAAAGUGGCUACAUGUAAGCAAAUUUAACAAGGUAAAUAGCAGGUUUUAUAAUUGGACCCAAAAUAAUCAAUCAGACUGUCUCCUUUUUAAAUGCUGAGAGUAGCACUGAUCAUAUAAGCUGUGUGGAAUUAUAUUCUAGAUAACAAACUAAUUAAAUACUGAAGUAAAUGAAAAUAGUUAUGCAAAAAAAAUAGAUUGCACACAAUUUAUUUUUUAGUCUACUGUUUAUUGAUAUCCUCUGUAAUAUCACCAAGUGAAAGACACUAUUUUACCAAUAGCUUAAGUUUAACAUUUCAUUUAGGUACAUACCAUAAGUUUCAAUACUGUGAAUUACUUAGUAUGUAUAAUUAACAAUGAUUGUCAGUAAAACCGUCAUUCUUAAUAGUGACAGUCACAUUGAUCAUCUAGGCUCUCAAUCAGAGUGAUUAAUUUUAAUAUCAUCAUUCCUCACCAGACUUAAAUAUUCAAUAAAUUAGGAACGUUUUUCUGGA